GCUGUGUUAAUCUGACAAGAAGGCUAGAAAGCUCAAUGCAUCUUCCUAUUACUCUGCAUAUCUUAUGUCUUCCAUCCAAAAAGAAUCAACUUAUCAGAUAAAUAACCACCUCAUGAACUAAGAUGAAUCAUGUUCCGGCUUUUGUCCUCCUGCUGCUCUUGCCUAAGGACAACAGAAGAGACACGAAGGAAUGUGACCAUCCCUAUCAUUGGCUUGAACAACUCUGGCAAAACUGUUCUUGUGGAGGCAUUCCAAAAAUUACUUCCCAGUAAGACAGACCAUUGCACGAAAUCGGAACUGACUACACUUUUGUUAGAUGAGUAUGAACUUUCCAUCUAUGACCUGAAUGGAGACCUGAAGGGCCGGGAAGCAUGGCCAAACUACUAUGCACAGGCCCAUGGGCUUGUUUUCGUCCUGGAUUCCAGUGACAUAAGACGCAUGCAGGAAGUGAAGAUCAUCUUAACACGUCUGCUGUCUGAUAAAAGAGUGGCAGGGAAACCCAUCUUACUCUUAGCAAACAAACAAGACAAGAAGAAAGCCCUCAUGCCUUGUGAUAUUAUUGACUAUCUACUUCUAAAGAAGCUAGUGAAAGAGAAUAAGUGCCCAUGCCGAGUAGAGCCAUGUUCAGCCAUCAGAAACCUUGAGAGAAGAAACCAUCAGCCCAUAGUUGAAGGACUGCGCUGGCUAUUAGCUGUCAUUGAUACUUGCCAACUACCACCUACCUCGAGCAUCUCAAUCUCCAAGAAUAACAGAGGCUCUGGAGAAAGAUGCUCAUCACACAGCUUCUCCACCAGAACAGGAAUGUCAAAGGAGAAAAGACAGCAUCUAGAACAAUGCUCAAUCGAAGCUAAGCCUCUAAAGUCAAUCCUACAGAAAGAAGGUACAAGAUUAUGGUCUAAAAAGAAUAUGUCAGUAACAUUUGCUUUAGAUGAACCCAUGAAAGAAGGUGAAUGUUCUAGGAGAACUAGAGCUCAGAAUACUACGAAGCUUUGCUACAAUUGAAGGAGUGGCUUAUAGACUCCAGCUCCAUAUGCUGAUGACAAUAUUUUUGAAGCCAUCAAAUCAAUCCUAUACUCACUGAGAGGCUCAAGAAGAGUGAGAUGGCAUCCAUUGAGAAUGAAGACCACCUUGGUAAAAAAGAACAGAGACUUUACAUCUUUGUACCGAGAUGCUGCUGACAAAGCUUGUGGACAAUAAGUCAUGGGUGAUCAACCAAAAUUGAGCCUUAGAAAUACAGGGUUCAUUUAGAAAUAAGUAUUUUUUUCUUUAAGGUUCUUGGGCAGAAAAGGAUUGGCAAAAAUAAAUAGAACUUCUUUGCUGAGAA